AUGGAGUUUCAGAGACAGACAAAGCGGGGGAAGGAGGCCGAGAGCAAGGCGCAGAGAAAAGCAGAAGAGGCAGAGGCCUUUGCUGAGGCCGCUGAGCGCCACGCACAGGCACAGGCGGCAGGAAGGAAGAAGAAGAAGGUGAUGAAGAGGGACGGGGACGAGGACGAGGAAGUAGAAAGGAGCAAGCUGGAGGAUGAGGCCCGGAAAGCGACGCUGGACGCUGAGCCGCCAGUCCCGCCGCCGUUCAUGCACAACCUCGACCGAGCGCAAAUAGCGUUGGAAUCGGGCAACCCAUACGAAGCAGCGGCGGUCCCUCUGCGGCUGGCCGCGAUCCGGAUAGAGGGCGCCAAGAAUCUCCGGCCGUCGUUCCUGUCGGGCCUCUGUCGGCCGUACCUCGAUGGGACACUCAAGCCUGAUAAUCCGCUGCAUCGGCUUCUGUACUCGCACCGGCUCCACCACACGCUUCCUGGUCAGCCAACCUCGAUCCCGGCCAUCCUGGCGCUGACGAAUUCGCUCGGCCAGGACCUUACCUCCUUUGACCUCUUUUCCGACAUUGCUGCCCAGCUUGCCCCCGCUGCCUCGCCCUCAUCGUCGUCGUCUUCGUCGGCCGAGGACGUCGAUGUGGUGCUGCGGUGCCAGGAAAAGGGCCGUUUCUUUCUCAAGACGAGCACCGAGGUGGGCAACGGCGAGGGCAACGGCGUGGUGCAAGGCCGGCUGCGAAACGUGCUGGGCGGCGCAGAGAGCCUCGAGGGCAGCGCGUCGAUUGGGACAAAGACGCGCAAGUCGUUUGCCCUCGCCCUCGUCUCGCCCCUCUUUGCCUCGCCUGACCACUCGGUCUCGCUGAGCGCCUUUGCGCAGGACCGCGACCUGACGUCGUAUGCGAGCUGCGUCGAGGGCCUGCGAGGUGUGCGCGCAGCCCUCAGCGUCAAUGCGGGCACAUUGGGGCUGCACGAGCUGGCGUACGAGGUGCAGCACCGUCACGUCGGUCGCCUGCUCCCCACGGCGUCCAUGAGCAUGCGCCGGCUCGCAGGACACACGGUCAAGUCGGCCGUGUCGCACACGGUGACGUCCGAUACGCGCGACGAUCCCUUCAUGGCGACCGAGGGCAGGCUGCUGCGCCUCUAUCAGGAGUACGCCGGCCUGGGCGGCGACGCGAGCCACUACAAGGUCGAGGGCGAGGGCCAAGUGUCGCGCGCAUUUGGACGCGGCUGGGCUGCCUCGCUCUCGGCUCGCGGCGGCGCACUGACGACGCUCAACGGCCUCGCGCCGCGCUUCUCGGAUCGCUUCCAGCUCGGCGGGCCCGUGUCGCUGCGCAUGUUCCGCUACAACGGACUGGGCCCCCGCGACGGCGCCGACUCGCUGGGCGGCGACGCCUUUUGGGCCGUCGGUGCCUCGCUCCUGGCUCCCAUCCCCACGCGGCCCCACUGGCCACUCAAGAUUCACACCUUUCUCAACGCCGGACAGCUGGCACAAGUCCACGGCCGCGAAAAAGGGACAGCCUGGCGCGAGCUCGGCCAGCCAUCGUCGUCGUUUGGGCUUGGGCUGCUGUACAUGCAGAGCGGGCUUAGGGUCGAGCUCAAUGCUGGCUUGCCACUGACGGCGAGAAAGGGCGAUGGCCACCGCAAGGGCAUCCAGCUGGGCAUCGGCAUCUCCUUUUUGUAGCAUCACUAUCACACAGAGGGAAUAAUUAUCUCCAUGCAUGUCCUGUCU